CUUUUAUAAACGCUCAAAGCGAAUCAAAAACACUACAAAAUGGACUCCAUCAACCCUUACCGAUGCCAGCGACUCGCACUCAUCACCGAUUUCGUUCGAGAGACCAGGAACGGCGGUUUGAUCGUGGAGCUCAACGAGCGUCGAGAGAGGAUGCAGCCCGGAAGGAAGAUGCUUGGACUACGAGGCGAAGCGCCAACCAUGCAGUAUGUUCGACCGGUCGCCCGGCCCGAAUCGCUUCCCAUCACCUCCCCUACCGCCGCACCCGUCAAGGUCAAGACCGAGGUCGUCAAAAAGACCAGAGACGUCAAGAAGACCGAGGGUUCUAGGAAGACCAAGGACAGUAAAAAGUCCGAGGUUUCCAAGAAGGUCAAGGUCGUCAAGAAGUCCGAGGCCGAAUCGACCGGAGACGUCAAGAAGACCAAGACCAAGGCGAUCGUCGUCGUUGUCAUCCCCAACAGCGAUGACGUCUUCUACACCGCCCCCACCUCUACUCCUAUCCCCACUUCCACUCCCACCCCCGCCCCCAACCCUGUUGCUCCCGGCGUUUUGGCUGUCCGGGUCGCCCCGGCUCCGGUCAAACCCGUCGCAGCUAACUAUAUUACAGAAUGCUUGAGGCCUCGCAACCUGGUCGGACCCAAGAUCGCCAAGUUAGCCGUCUACGUGGACACCGAAGAGGACGAAGUCGUCGAGAAGAAGGUCGUCGAGAGGGAAGAAACGUUCGAGGACAAGGAGAACGCCGGAGUCGUUCUCGUCGGGAAGAAGGAGGUCGUAUCGGUCGAGACCUCGGAAGAGAAGGAGCAAGUCGUCAUCGUCGUCGAGGAGAAGAAGGAGGUCGCAUCGGUCGAGACCUCGAAGGAGAAGGAGGAGAAGAAGAAGGACCUCAGCAUCAUCAUCGAAGAGGCGGAAGAAGAGGAAUCGUCGGUCGAGGUCGAAGUCAAGGUAGAAGUCGCCGCUCGAGUCGAGGUCGGGUCGGAGGAAGAGGAAGAGUCGUUCGUGGUCAUCGAGCCUCUUGAGGCCGACGAGUCGUUCGUCUUGGUCUCCAGCCCGGUCCCGACCCCGGCUCCAGCUUCGGCUCCGGCUCUUGUCUUUCCCCGUUCUCGUAUUCCCGUCCUGAUCAAGAAGGCUCACCGUGCCGUUGCUCUUCCAGUCCUUUCUGUUCAGACCCAACCCGAAGCUCAGGUUCAAGGCCAACGCCGGACUCAAGCUCGACCUUGUCCUCAAGCCACGGCAUCUACGGCAUGUCGACGACUCUUCGGGAUCGGACGGGCAUCGACCAAGGCGACCAUCAACGCAAAGGAUCCUUUUGCUUAG